GUUUGAGGCCCAAGAAGGGCCCGGCCCAUUCCUUCCGCGACGGCCGAACGUGUCGUCGUCUCCGACCACCACCACCACCAACCAGCGACCAACCACCACACACCUGAGCUUCAGCUCCAGCGGCGGCUCUCUUGGCGUGCUCCUGCUCAGCUGAGCUCGGGUUGAACCGGAGAGCGGGAGGAGCGAGUGAGUGGUGGUGGAGGCCAUGGCGGAGGAUGAGGCGGCCAGCGCCAAGAAGCUCUUCUCCGCCUCCGAUGUCGUAGGGCACGCGUCCAGGAAGGAUUGCUGGGUCGUCAUCCAUGGCAAGGUGUAUGAUGUGACCAAGUUCUUGGAAGACCACCCUGGUGGAGAGGAUGUUCUCCUGCAUGCAUCUGCCUCUGGGGAUGCCACGGAGGCAUUUGAAGAUGUGGGGCACAGCACAUCAGCCAUCAGCAUGAUGAACAACUACUUGAUUGGAAGCAUCAAGGACUAUGUGCCUCCUAGUGCAUCAGAGGCUACAACCAUUGGCGGCAAUGAUGUGCCGCCAAACUUCAGAAGGAUGCCACAGAAGAAAGGACCUCCUGCUCCCAACACCUUUCUGGACUUCCUGCUCCCUCUGUUUGUGCUCGGCCUUGCCUUUGCCGCUUGGUACUACCUGACCUUCAUUGCCAAGGCCUAGUAAAUUUGGUGAAGGUUUGAAGUAUUGAACAUUUUACUAUGCCACGUCUGCUUCAGCGACACAUGGAGAUAUAUUCUGGUCAGUUCUAAGUUUUAUUAUGAGGUUUCUGGCUGUGAAUUAGAAAUGUCAUCGUAUUAUUAUUUGUUACCAAAUUGUUGGCUUUGCUUCGAAGUUGGUACCACUCUUACAUGUAAAUGGCGAUGGCUGCAUCAGUAAAAUGUAUGGAUGGGGCAUUUUCCCUUUCGCUAUCAAUGUCUCUACGUAUUUGCAAUGCUGUUCUCAAAGUCCCCAGUGAUCCAGUUACUUUUGCCUGUACACUGAAAUCACAAAUUCUCAAGGAUGUACUGACUACUGAGUGGCUAUCUGGAUAAUCAUGUCUAACAUGGAAAGAAGUACUAAUGCAAGUGAAAAUAAGCAACUUUGAUGAA